CGCCUGGCGGCUCCAGCGGGAGGCUCUGCGCUCGCUCCCUCCCGCAGCCGGCUUCAGGAGGAGGCGGCAGGGAAGGAGGGAGCGGCAGCGGCUCGCAGCCCGCCCGGGCCCUCCGGUUCUUGGCCUCUUCCUGCUGGUGUCCAACACACAAUAGAUUUUCCAAAUAGUGUUCAGCAGUUGACUGCAGUAGAACAGAUACAAGAUGGAGGAAUCAUACAAAGACAGGACUUCAUUAGUGAAAGGGGCAAAAGAUAUUGCCAAAGAGGUAAAGAGACAAGCUGUGAAAAAAGUGAAUAAGGCUGUUGACAAAGCUCAGGAUGGCUACACACAGAGGUCUUACAGUCGAUUCCAGGACGAGGAAGAUGAUGAUGAUUACUAUGUCCAAGGAGGAAAUUAUGGUGUGGAAGCUAAUGAUGAUGAAGGAUCAAGUGAAGCAACUGAAGGGCACGAUGAAGAUGAUGAAAUUUAUGAAGGGGAGUAUCAGGGAAUCCCCAACAUGGGGCAGGGCAAAGAUGGCAUGGUGGCCUUAGGGCAACCUGUGCGUGAUGAGUAUAAAGAUCGUCAUGAACUGGAAACAGAAAGGAAAGCUGAUGAAGAAGAAUUAGCACAGCAGUACGAACUGAUAAUACAAGAAUGUGGCCAUGGUCGAUUCCAGUGGGCCCUGUUUUUUGUUUUGGGAAUGGCUCUAAUGGCUGAUGGAGUGGAAGUUUUUGUGGUUGGAUUUGUGUUGCCCAGUGCUGAGACAGAUAUGUGUAUACCCAAUUCUGGAUCAGGAUGGCUCGGUAGCAUAGUGUACCUUGGGAUGAUGGUGGGGGCAUUCUUCUGGGGAGGCUUGGCAGACAAGGUGGGAAGGAGACAGUCACUCCUGAUAUGCAUGUCUAUCAAUGGAUUCUUUGCCUUCCUUUCAUCAUUUGUCCAGGGGUAUGGCUUCUUCCUCUUCUGUCGUUUGUUUUCUGGAUUUGGGAUUGGUGGAGCUGUGCCAACAGUCUUCUCCUAUUUUUCGGAAGUGCUUGCUCGGGAGAAACGAGGAGAACACCUGAGUUGGCUCUGUAUGUUUUGGAUGAUUGGUGGUAUCUAUGCUUCUGCAAUGGCUUGGGCAAUCAUUCCUCAUUAUGGAUGGAGUUUCAGCAUGGGAUCUGCUUAUCAGUUUCAUAGUUGGAGAGUAUUUGUGAUCGUCUGUGCAUUGCCCUGUGUCUCUUCUGUGGUAGCCCUCACCUUUAUGCCAGAAAGUCCACGGUUCUUGCUGGAGAUUGGAAAACAUGAUGAAGCUUGGAUGAUACUCAAGCAAAUUCACGACACAAACAUGCGAGCUCGUGGUCAGCCUGAGAAAGUCUUCACAGUUAACAGAAUUAAAACUCCAAAGCAGAUAGAUGAGCUCAUAGAAAUAGAGAGUGAUACAGGAACUUGGUACAGGAGGUGUUUUGUUAGAAUUCGCACAGAGCUAUAUGGUAUUUGGUUGACUUUCAUGAGAUGCUUCAACUACCCAGUAAAGGACAAUACAGUCAAGCUCACAAUCGUGUGGUUCACCCUGUCCUUUGGCUACAAUGGCUUAUCUGUCUGGUUUCCUGAUGUCAUUAAACACCUUCAAUCAGAUGAGUAUGCAUCCCGAGUGAAACUUUUCCGCAACGAGGAGGUUUCAAAUUUUGUCUUCAACUUUACACUGGAAAAUCAAAUUCAUAGCAGCGGAGAAUACAUCAAUGACAGGUUUGUCAUGAUGAAGUUUAAAUCAGUAACCUUUGAAGAUUCACUUUUUAAGAACUGUGUGUUUGAAGACAUAACUUCCCUGAAUACAUACUUCAGGAACUGCACUUUUGUGAAUACCACCUUCUACAACACAGAUCUCGAGCAAUAUAAAUUUGUUGACAGUGAUUUUAUAAAUUGCACAUUUUUUCACAUCAGGACAGGAUGCCAGAUUUCCUUUGAUGAUGACUAUAGUGCCUACUGGAUUUAUUUUGUUAAUUUUCUGGGAACGUUGGCAGUGUUACCAGGGAACAUUGUUUCUGCUCUUCUGAUGGAUAGAAUUGGACGUUUAACAAUGCUAGGUGGUUCCAUGGUUCUCUCUGGCAUAAGCUGUUUCUUUCUGUGGUUUGGGACCAGUGAAUCCAUGAUGAUAGGUAUGUUGUGCCUCUAUAAUGGCCUCACCAUCUCAGCCUGGAACUCUCUUGAUGUCAUUACUGUAGAGCUGUAUCCUACAGACAGAAGGGCAACCGGCUUUGGCUUUUUGAAUGCACUAUGCAAAGCAGCAGCUGUACUUGGAAACUUGAUAUUUGGUUCCCUUGUUGGUAUCACCAAAGCAAUCCCUAUUCUCCUUGCUUCUACUGUUCUAGUAUGUGGAGGUCUGGUAGGACUUCGACUUCCUGACACAAGAACCCAGGUGUUAAUGUAACAGGGAAAAGCCAUUUUCUGUUUCUUUUUUCUUUGUACAAAUGUCAGGUCUCCUGUUUGGUGGUGCAAAGGCUUCAGAUUAUUAGUGCUUGGUUGAGUGUUCGGAUGGCAGAAACCAAACACGGGUGUGUGGAGUAGCAGAAAUCUAAAGACAACUCUGAAAAUUUUAGAUUUCUCAUUCAAUUGCUUGCAUAUUUUGCUAUUUAGAACUAUUUCACUUCAAACAGCAAGGCUAACUCCAAAAACUUUCAAUGAAAUGUCCAGGAAGAUAAAAAACAUAUUGAUAAUUUGAUAUUUAAAAUGCAAACAGUCAUAUUUCUUAAAAACACAUGCUAAAUUUGGCCAUGGCCCUAUGAGCUCUUGUAGCAGUGAAGCCAUGCAAAUCAAUUACUUGAGAAUGUUAUGUGUAUCAAUGCAUGCAGCAGCAAUCAGGAAUCUGUGCAGAGUGCAUUGGUACUGAAAAUGCUGACAUUCAAUAGCCAAGUUUAUUAAUAAAAAAUUCUACAUUUUAAGCCGGAGGCUUGGACAAAAGCGUCAGUGGCUCUUCAUUGGGAAACAGCUUUAGGUAGAUACAAUCUAAAGCAAAGCUUACCAUCUAUACCCCAUAUUUGUUGAGAAGAAGGCAGCAGCUGUUGUGGGGAGAUGAAAGGCCUAACGUGAGUUAGGAUAAUGAGAUUAAUAAAAUAAGCACUUUCACUCUUCUCUGCUAGUCCACCAGAAAAAGAAAUAAAUAAAUAAAAAUAAAAAGAAAGAAAAAAAGUUUUCAUCUAAUUUGUGGCAUCUGCAGUAUUUUUUCCAUUUUAAAACAGAGAAUGCGUCUGAUUGAGUGAGGUGACUCAAUGCAAAAAACAUUAUUUACGCUGUUGAAUCAUAGAAUCAUAGAAUCACAAGGUUGGAAAGGACCUACAGGAUCAUCUAGUCCAACCAUGCAAGUAUGCAUCAAACCAUGCAAAUGUUGCACCAAACCGUGCAAGUAUGAAUCAAAGAAAAAUCAAACCAAUGAAUUGGAAAAAGAGCAAGAUGCUGUCAGAAAAGCUUAUUUGGUAUUUACAUUUUUCUUUGGAAUUUACACUUCAAAUGCAAGUUUCUUUGUCAGAGAAUACCACCUUAAAUUUAGUCAGGUCAUAACUUCAGGGUAAUCUAAUUAAAAUCUCUCAAAACAUUUUUGUAAAAUAUUAAAACAAAGAAAAGCAAUAAUAAAAACACCUGAAUUAAUUUCAUAGCUUAUACCCUCCUUCAUAUAACCAUAUACUCAUGAUUUUUAAUAUCCUAGAGAUACAUCAGUGUAUAAUGAUAAUAUCUCUCUGAAAUGCCGUUAAGAAAAAAACAGUGUCAAGUCUGCAGGGAUUGGUCAUAAGACAGAAUGUAAGUAUGGCAAAUAAAUGCUAACAAAAAAGUUCCUUAUAAGCCAUAUGCUAUGAAUUGUUUCAGAUUGCAAUAAAACCAUCCCCACCAGUUCUGCUGCCCUGUAAAACGCUAUCAGAUCUCUUUAAAAUGUUAGCAUUCAAAUUAAAUGUAGAUACAGUGGACAAAGGGAGCACAUUCCCCUGAUGACAGAAACUGGCUUUACUUUCAGUGAAGCUAUGACCUAGCUGUAUUUUUAAUUUCCACAGAAUAACUUUCAUGUAAAUCAUAAGGGAAAAUUUAUCAGUGCUUUUUCUAAUCAUGUCUCACUACUUUCAUUAGGUGACUGAAUCAUUGCCAAAGAAAUUAGGCUUUCAGAUAAGGUCUGUAUAGUAAACUAGAUUUUUCAUGACUUUUUCUUUCUCCUAUGCAGGAAGUAGUAGUAUUUAUCCCUGCAUUUUGUCAAUUGUCAUCUUAGUUAUUUUGAAAAAGUAAGUAGAAGAUGGUAAAAACGUCCAAGACCAUCUAUCACAUUUAAAGUUUACUGCUUGAUUUACAGAAUAUGGAAGUUUCAGUUUUGAAUAAAUUCUUCUGUGUUGUAACACCAUAAGAUGAACCCAAGAUGGGGUUUCCGCUGUUAACAAAUGACUAAAGUGACUAAAUUAAAAAAGCAACUGAAAACUAGUGGCCAUUUUUUUUUUAUGUUGAUAAUUAAAAUAUUGUAUAUCAAGAAUUUUAGUAAGUUUAUUUUACAAUAUAAACAGUCCAAAUGCCCAAGAUAAAAUAUUUUAUAAUUAAAUCUUAUUUUAACAUGUCUUUUAAAUUUCUAAAUAUAUUUCAAAAAAGGAAGAAUUGUGUUUCAUAAAGGUAAGAAUAAAAGUCUGGCCUUAGAUUAGCUUCUGUGGCUUUUGUCCACUAGUCGGAAUCCUUACAGCACUUCAAGUCUAUCCUUCCUCAUAAGAAUUAUAUUUGCUUUUGGCUGUAUUUCUCUGUGCCAUUCAUUAGUUACAUGUGCCCACUUCCUUGUAUUUACUCUACAUCUUAUUUGAAAUCUGAAGCCUUUGUACAUGUCUGGAAUGAGCCUCAACAGCAGUGAUAAAAAAUUACAUUGUUUUAUUCUGCACUGUACUCUUCAAAUUCUGUCCAACUGUAUGUAACACUGAAGAACAUCCUGACCGUACCAUAUGAUAAUUGUGAAGGAAAUGGGCCAUAGGACAAUAACAUUCAACUUUCAAGGUUCUGGUUAAACAUUAAUACACUGAAAUCUCAUCACUUUAGAAAGUAUGCUAUUUGCAGUGCUGAUUCUUGUCCUAAACCUUAGCCACAUCAUGAGUAUAUAAUUUAGUCUGAAUUUAGUGAAGUGAGCAGCCUGAGAUCCUGUUUGGAACAUAUUAAUAGCAGGGAUAAGACAAAGAAAGUAACCAACACAUGGACCUUGCUUGGUGCAGGAUUAGAGUGAUUGAUCUGAAGUAGGAAAAUGAAAAAGGAGAACAAUAUGUAGAAGAAAGGUGAAAAAGUAAGCAAAAGAGAAAAAUUAUGCAAAAGUCCACAAAUAUUUCCAACAUACUAAACAAAACCUGAAGCUGGAAUCUUCCUAGCUGGUGAGCCAGUUGGCUCAAGAUUGUUGAAACUGUGUGUGAGCCAGCAUGACAGCUGUUUGCACAAUCAAGUGGUUUGGUCUUGAAUGCAGUGGAGAUCUACUCCAUGAAGACAAAAUGAGUUAAUGCCAUUUCAAACUACGAGUACUUGAUUACAUACUUAUAAUCGACAGUUUGGAAUGGAAAAAAAUGAUCUGGAUGCAAAUGUUAUUUUGGUUAUACACUGAACUUAUUUGUCUUGUCUUUAGUGAAUUUUUCUCUUUUGCAGUUUCCAAAGUGAUCUCAGGUAAUAAAUAUUGGACAGUAUGAAUUUUGCUUUCUUUCUAACCCCAUUCAUUUAUAUCUCAUGCAAAGGGUCACGUAAGAGGUCAUGUGCAUAUACUUUCAAAACAGAAUAAAAUACCAUAAUGGUCACUGUUUUUAAUUGUGAAAACACCAGCAAAAUAGACUGAAUGCAUUGAUUUUUGCCAGAUAUAUUUUACUUAUGUUAGUUUUUACUCAUGACAAGUUGACAGAAAAGCUUAACUUAGCAGACUCCUUUUUCUUGAAAGCAUGUUAUUCGUUGUGUUUGUACAUUUUAACCAGGCUGAAUAUAGUCAUGUCAUUUAGAAGCAAGCAUUACAAUAUAUUUCAUUGACUGCUGAGUACAGACUCCUAACAAUGGAACUAGCUAGGAGUACGUUCUUAGGGUCACCUUCCUUCCUGCUUGAAUUUAGCUGGUAACCUUACAAAAGUGUGUUCUACAAUUCUAGCCAGUGAUAAAGCAUUAGACCUCGUUCCUGAUGGGUACACUAGUCCACUAUCCUCUUAGGAAAGUAGAGCAUCAUAUGGCUGCUAAGUCAGUUCUUGCUCUUUCUUCUCAUAUAAUUUGAUUCCUUUCAUCCCGAAUUGUUCUUCUUAGUAGAGCACCAACUUUAAAGAAUUAAAACCCACUGCUCAUGCUCUCAAUUGCUUCUGACUUUUUGGUAACAUUCAGUAACAUAGUUUGACACACAGCUUUGGAAUUUUAAACUAAGAUGGAAAAUGAAGUCCUUCAGAAAAUCUCACUUUUUUGAAGGAACAAGACUACAUAUUUCUCUAGAUAUCUCUCCGAGACCUACAACAUAUGGUUACCUAUUGCAGACCAGCAUCUCUGAGAUGAUUUAAGAUCAAAUUGAAAAAAGCAGUCAGCAGUUUCUUCUUUCUGAUGUACUAAGUCACUGCAUUAAAGCAUGAAUGAGCAUGAAGAUCUAUGUAGUAAUCUCACGAUACUACAGUAGUUUUAAAUAUUGAAGGAGUAGGAAGGAACAGGAUAUUCACCAUGGCAACAAAAAUAAAGAAUGCAGGUAGCAGUAACUGAUUUUUAAAAAUUUAGCAUCCCUUGGUUAAGAAUUAGAAGAAAUCAUGAGGCUGGUUUCAGCACACAGAUUAAUUGCAGGCUGAAUGAGAGUAAGUGAAAGUAAAAGAGACCUGCAGGCAGUUUUACCAGUUGAUGAUUUCUAUUUAAUUCAAGUCCUGAGUAGAAUUUCAGAUGUACUGACUGUGCUAAUUUCACAUCACCACUUGAUCCCUCUCUUGCCUCCAAACUGUAUGCAAAAGCCUGCCUUUUCAUGCUGUGUUUUCUGAACAAAGAACACUGAAGACUACUAAUUCAGGCAAAUAACUCAAUAUUUUACAGUGAGAUUAAUGAACAAGAAGGCAGGAAAUGCAGAGGAAAAACAGUCUUUCAAACUUAUUUGAUUCUGGAGCAUGGUUACUGAGCAUAUGUUUUCUUUCAAGACUCCGGAGGAAAUGGAGCAUUUCUGUUCUCACUUCUUGUGUCUUUAACCCCCUGAGUGCAAGGAUUCAUUUUUAAUCUUCUGAUUGAAUUUGCAAUUACAUUUCCAGGUUGCCAAGUAGGAAACAUGGCUUAUAGCUUGUAUUAGCAUGGUAAUGUCUUGGUAACAUCUCUUUCUGACUAACAAAGAUCUUUUUAAAACUUAAUGGUGGGAAAGAGAGAUAAAGUCCAGCACAUAGACAUAUACUGUCUAUAUAGGGAACUGAGGGCUAUGCCAUAUUUCUAAGAACGGGAAUCAGAAGUAGUGCCUCAAGAGCAGGUGUAGACUCCAUCACUGUAGAAGAAUUAAAAAUCAGAGCAUAAUUUCCUCCAAGUGGAGCUUAGCUAAGUGCAGGAACAGGGAGAUUUGUCUGUAUUUCCACUCACUGCACUGCCAGAGCAGCAGGAUGUAAAUAAGGUCCAUUCUGAGAGCUCUUCUUUCUAUUAGUUCAUCCUCCAGUUAUCUGUGAGUUCUGUUUAGGUCUGGUUUACACAUUAGAAAGCUGAUACUUCAGAAGAUGAUGGGGCAGAAAAAUAGUGGAAUCAAAUUAAAUACCAAGAAUCAGUAGGGAGAUUUGAAGUCUUGGGGUUCAAUUGUUUUUAUUUUUGGCAGCUGUUUUCUUUAAAGCCUACCUGCAGCUUUAUAAUACAGUUGUACUGAAUUAUUACACCACUAGAGGUGAAUACAUAUACAGGCACAUGUGUGUCUGUGUGAGGAUACAUGCAUACACACAGACACAACACAGGUUGAUGUAGGAUCUAAGCAUUACUUUCUGCAUUAUGCAUUAUUCUUGGAGCACAAAUACCAUUCUGUUCAUUUCCUUGUGCAAAACCCUUUGCUUAUCCAUGCACAACAUUAAUCAUAAAUGCCAAGAUGCAUCUCAGUUGGGCUUUAGCUUUCUGCCACUGGAGGAGAAAUGAUCUGAAAAGUAAGGUUUGACUUAGCUGUAGCCUUCCACCAGCCACACUGUGCCAAACAGCGAGACAAUGCACCGUACAGAGGAACUGGUCUUGUUUCAGUGACUAGGAGAAACUCUCAGAUAUUUAAGCGCUUUGAGUUUUGUCUUAUUCAAAUAAAAGUCUUAACAAACUUAAUGGGGAUCUUAACAUGUUAACUUCUGUGUAACAUAUGAGAAAAUGUCUGUGUCUUCCUGUACUGUAUGCUUUUCAUUGUUCCUGCAUACAUGCCUGAUGUUGUUAUAGUAAUGUGGUUAUUCUAUUGUUUACUGUUGUUCUUAUCAGCAAUCUUUGACCAGCCUGGAACAGAGCCAUUGCCAGGGUUUCUUUCAUUUAAUGAUUAACAUCCCCAGAGAUCUACUACAAUAGCAUUGCAGUAUAAAUUAAUUCCAGCUACCACCUGAGUAAAUCCAGACUGAAAACUGCAGCAUGUGUGCACACACACUGACACAGAGCUGUGAGAGUAGGGAGAGCUCUGUCAAAAUCUCUGUCAUACACUGCAUUACUCCUUCCCAGUUUUCAGAAUUCUCACUCUGCCUUCUGCUUCUAUGCACAUGUUCUAUAGAACUAAAAAACCUCUAGAGGAAAAUGAAUAUUCCUUUCAGAGGACUUAAAAAUGUGCAGUUGCCAUAGGGAAGCUAACUGCUUUAAUAGUGAGACAAAAACAGCACUGUUUCAAAAAGCGAACAUAUUAAAUACUUAAUUGUGUAUAUUGGCAUGUGGGAGUUUAUGUUGAUGUAAGAGAAAUGAGUUCAUCUAGCCCUUUUUAAUAAACAUGCAUAAAACUAUUCAUGUUUUAAAAGCCUAGCUUUUCCCUGUGAGUGCAGUUCCCCCAAAAAUAACAGUACUUUUAAUAGCAUCCAAUGGUGCAUGUCUAAUGUGUCAAAUAACUUAUUUCAGCCAUUUUUGAAAGAAUGUGAUAAUAAAAUUUCCCAGUAAAUCUUUCCAUUAAUAGAUAUUUUGCUCUCAAAUGCUUAAAAUGUUGACAUCAAAAUUAUGUCCCUUACUUGUUCUCAAACAUACGUGUCAUUUUACUCUAUGUCUUCUUUUGAGAGUGCAGUUUUCUCUGCAAAAUAUAAUACUGCAAAAGUCAGGCAUUAAAGAAGAUCUCUUACAUUGGUGUAACAUGUUGGCAUUGUAAGGUUAUUGAUUUUCUUUAAAACUUGUCAGCAUCCCCUAAUGCUGAACAACAGAAGGGAAAAGUGUAGUUUUUCUUUUUCUUUUUUUUUUCUUUUUUUUUUCUUUUUUUUUGUGUGUGUGUGUGUGUGUGUGUGUGUGUGUGUGUGUGAGCUAUUUCCUCCUCCCAAUUUCUCCUACCAACCUUUCACCCAAAUUGCCAUUUGGGAAUACAAUUUUUCAAGCUGUUUGUAGCAUGCAGUAGUUCAGGUGUGCUAGUAUGCCUAUGUCAUUAAGAAAUUCAUAACCAUUUCUGACAUUUUCAAUUUCUUUACUUGAGAAACCAUGUAGAUGUUGUGUAUAUGGUAAGGGGGUAUUUUGGAGUUGAAUUCCCAUUUAUAAGUUUAAUUUCAUAGGUACUAAUUUACAUCAAGAUCUUGGCAAUGGUCCUGGCCUCUGGUUUUUAAUUUCUUUUUUGUUUCCUGCUACGUGUGAUCUUCUGUGAUGCAGGGUACAGUCAUCACUAUUGUACAUAUGUGUUUGCAUGUGUGCGCAUUGAUAAACUCUCUUUUGGAGUUCCAAAUUUUUCCUUUUAAGUCCAGCUGGUACACUUGUGAACUCAUCUUUCCAGUAUACUCCUCUGUGUCAGAUCGCCAACUACCAAAAUGUUUGACCAAGUGUUUUUAUUAAGUACACUGAGGAAAGUUGUAUGUAUACUUGUGAAAGGGCAUGCUGUGUAGCAUGACUGUGUACAGUAUAAAUCUAUAAAACGUGGAAGUGUUUAUAAAUUUAUCUGCCAAAUAUUUAUCAUCCAUGUAACAAAUGCAAAGUUAUUUAGUGUACAUCAGAUUAAUAAAGGGGCAUUUUUUGCUCUACUAUAUUCAAAUAAAGGUUUGUUUCUGCAGUGAAUGAACAUAAGGUGUGAUAAUAGCCAGAACAUCAUUCUUCACUACUCACAAAAUACUGGAAGCAGUUGUUUUACCUCAAUUCAAGACUCCUAUGGCUUUCUGUUACGUUCUCUUUAGUGCUUGUAAUAGAGGCAGAA